CAAACACACAUCUAUUUAUAUAAAUGUCAAUUAAAGAGAUUUCAAGAAAUAAAUGCUUUGGCGGCCAUGUUAUUAAAUAUGAACACCAUUCAGAUGAACUUGACUGUGACAUGAAGUUUAAUGUCUUUUUACCCUUAGAAUCUUCUACACAAAAAGUACCUGCCAUUUAUUUUCUAUCUGGUUUGACAUGUACUGAAGAUAACUUUAUUCAAAAAAGUGGUGCCAUGGCUGAGGCAGCAAAGCAUGGUAUUGCUUUAAUCGCUCCUGACACAUCUCCACGUGGUGUAAAAAUUGAAGGCGAUGAUGAUUCUUGGGAUUUUGGUACUGGAGCUGGAUUUUAUAUAGAUGCGACACAACCUAAAUGGUCAAAAAAUUAUCGUAUGUAUUCUUAUAUUACUAAAGAAUUGUAUCAACUUGUCUAUGAGCAAUUACCUAUUGAUGAAAAUCGCAUUUCAAUUAUGGGACACUCAAUGGGAGGUCAUGGCGCAUUGACCAUAUUUAUUAAAAAUCCAAGCAAAUUCAAAUCAGUUUCAGCAUUCGCACCUAUUGCUAACCCUAUGAAUUGCCCUUGGGGCCAAAAAGCAUUUUCCAACUAUCUUGGUUCUGAUAAAGAAUCCUGGAAGCAAUAUGAUACUAUUGAAUUAUUAAAAACGCAUAUGAAUGAGCGUAUGAAUGCACUUGUUGAUGUUGGCACUGCUGAUGGUUUCUUGGAAAAGGAGCUCUUGAUUGAUGAAUUAAAUAAGACAGUAAAGGAAUUAGGACGUGAAAGUGAAUGGAAGAUCCGUUAUCAAGAUGGUUAUGAUCACAGUUAUUUCUUUAUCUCUACUUUUAUUGCUGACCAUAUUCAGCAUCAUGCAACCUAUUUAAAAGCAUAAAAAAAUUAAAUAAUAAAUUAUUUUUAAGCCACUAGUAUUUUUUUUUUUUUUUUUUUCUC